AUGCCUCCAAGUAUGCUUGACACCCCAGCGACCAGCGCCAACGGCAACGCGACCGCAUCCAACACGUCACCAGCCUUUCUUGACACCACCCCAGGCCCAGACUAUGACUGGAAAGUGUCUUUGAAGGGAAAAGUAAUUGGCAUCACCGGAGGCAACAGGGGUAUCGGGCUGGCUCUCGCACAAGUAUGUCUCGUCAACGACGCAGAGGCUAUCUAUAGCUUAGACAUCUUCGAGCCCGGCGAGGAAUUUGCUGCCCUUCAAAAAGCUCAUCCCAAGCGACUUCACUACGUCCACUGUGAUGUGACAUCCGAGGAGAGCGUCAACACUGCCAUCGACGCUGUCAUCGCCGCACAAGGUGCGAUCCACGGCUUUAUAGCCAAUGCCGGCAUGACAAAGCACCAGCCUGCUUUCGACUUCAGUCGCGCCCAGAUCGAUCAAUUGUUCAACUUGAACGUCUUCGGCGCUUACUUCUGCGCUACUACAGUCGCUCGUCGUUUCAUCGACCUCGGAAUCAAGGGGUCUAUUGUCUUCACGGCUUCGAUGACUUCCUAUCGCCCCAACCGUGCAGCUCCUUCCGCUCCCUAUGGAGCCACCAAGGGUGCUGUGCGAAACAUGACACACACACUGGCCAUGGAGUGGGCCAAGCAUGGGAUUCGCGUCAACUCGGUAUCACCAGGGUUCAUCAAGACGGCCAUGACUUACUUUGUGGAUCAAGCACCGGACUGGGAUCUCAAGAUGCAGUAUUAUGGCGGUAUGCCUAGGUUGGCGGAUCCCAAGGAGCUGGGCGGAGCUUAUGUAUAUUUGCUUUCUGACGGUGCGUCGUAUACGACAGGCAUUGAUAUUCCCGUGGCAGGAAUUGUGGGGGCAUGGUAG